AUGGUCAAGAAGCGAGCCUCCAACGGGAGGAACAAGAAAGGUCGUGGUCACGUCAAGCCGAUUCGAUGCUCCAACUGCUCGCGAUGCACACCAAAGGAUAAGGCAAUCAAGAGAUUCACCAUCAGAAACAUGGUUGAGUCUGCCGCUAUUCGUGAUAUCUCCGACGCAUCUGUGUUCGCUGACUACGCCGUACCCAAGAUGUACCUGAAGCUCCAAUACUGCGUCUCGUGCGCCAUUCACGGCAAGAUUGUGCGUGUCCGAUCGAGAGAAGGACGCCGCAACCGUGCUCCUCCCCCAAGAGUCCGAUACAACAAGGACGGAAAGAAGGUCAACCCUCAACAGCAGGCCGCCAAGACUCCUCAGGCAUAA